GUGCUGAUGUUGCCAUGGUCACGAAGGCAAACAAUAUGGCUGCGCCCAGCCCUGCAGGGCAGAAGGGAGCUGCAGGAGAAGCUCUGAGCCCGGUCGAGAGGGGCACCUAGAGGCUGCCAAGGAUACAGGGCAGACGGGCAUCAGCAUGGCCAACGGGGAGCUGGACGAGGAGAGCCUGAACGACCUGUACAGUUGGGUGGAUGCCAUCCCUCUUUCGCGCCCCAAGAGGAACAUCGCCCGCGACUUCAGCGAUGGAGUUUUGGUGGCCGAAGUGGUGAAGUUUUACUUCCCCAAAAUAGUGGAAAUGCACAACUACGCUCCGGCUAAUUCUACGCAGCAGAAGCUCUCCAACUGGGGACACCUGAACAGGAAAGUGCUGAGCAAGCUUAACUUCUCCAUCCCAGAAGACAUGGUCCGGAAGAUUGCCCAGUGCACCCCUGGGAUGGUAGAGCUGGUGCUGAUUCCCUUGCGGCAGAAAAUCGAGGAAAAACAGAAGCAGGCCAAGAUGUCUAGCUCCUAUCAGGGCCAUCCUCCAACCGCUGUGGGCUCCUGCAGUCUUUGCUCCUUUCCGUCUCCAUUGCCCCAGGAGCUGGGAAUGCGCUCGACCCUGGAGGAAAACAACUACCUGGAUACAGGCUUCACUUCAAAGCCCAAGCCCAACAGCACCCAGGACUCUCCUGGGUUGGAAAGGGGGCCCAAAGGACAUCAGAGCUACACGGUGCCUCUGCAAACGGAUGCCAACCUCCGACUCCACUUAGCAGAGAGGGAACAAGCACUUCUGGCCUCGCAGGAGAUGGUGCAGAUCCUUCAGAUGAAGGUCCGCCGCUUGGAACAUCUCUUGCACCUGAAGAACGUCCGGAUCGAUGACCUAACCCGUCGCCUGCAGCAGGCGGAGCAGAGGCGGAAGUGAAGGCGCCAUCUCGGGUUCCCCUCUCUGAUGCCCAUCAGACGAUUUUUUCAGAUGGCCAGGCCUUCUCUCUCUCUCUCUCUCUCUCUCUCUCUGUCUCUCUUUCUCUCUUUUCUGCCACCUCUUCCUUUGCGAACAGCUGCUUUCAGGCUCCAGGCAGGCUGAGACGUCAGAGCGACAAAGGCUGGCAGAGGUCCCAAGUCUGGCUGGCGCGGGCAGAUGGCCUCGCCGAUGCCCAGAGGCCAGGGAUGGGGUGAAAAGCAGGAGU